AUGUUAUUAUCAGAUAGAAAUAAGAGUGGGGCCACAUUUACCCUCCUGGGUUUCUCAGACUACCCAGAACUACAAGUUCCACUCUUCUUGAUUUUUCUGGCCAUUUACAGUAUCACUGUGGUAGGGAACAUUGGGAUGAUUGUAAUCAUCAAAAUCAACCCCAAACUGCACACUCCCAUGUACUUUUUUCUCAGCCACCUCUCCUUUGUGGAUUUCUGCUAUUCUUCCAUCAUUGCUCCCAAGACACUGGUGAACCUUGUUGUUGAAGACAGAACUAUUUCAUUUUUAGGAUGUGUGAUCCAGUUCUUUUUCUUUUGUACCUUUGUGGUGACUGAAUCCUUUUUAUUGGCAGUGAUGGCCUAUGACCGCUUUGUGGCCAUUUGCAACCCUCUGCUCUACACAGUUGCCAUGUCCCAGAAACUGUGUGCCAUGUUGGUGGCUGGAUCGUAUGCAUGGGGAGUAGCAUGUUCCUUGAUUCUGACAUGUUCUGCUUUAAAGUUAUCUUUUCAUGGAUUCAACAUAAUCAAUCACUUUUUCUGUGAGUUCUCCUCCCUGCUCUCCCUCUCUUAUUCUGAUACUUUCCUCAACCAGUUGCUGCUUUUCAUUUUUGCCACCUUUAAUGAAGUCAGCACACUGCUCAUCAUUCUGAUGUCAUAUGUGUUCAUUGUUGUUACCAUCCUCAAGAUACAUUCAGCCAGUGGACGCCGCAAAGCCUUCUCCACCUGUGCCUCCCACCUGACUGCAAUCACCAUCUUCCAUGGCACCAUCCUCUUCCUCUACUGUGUCCCCAACUCUAAAAACUCCAGACACACUGUCAAAGUGGCCUCAGUGUUUUAUACAGUGGUAAUCCCCAUGUUGAAUCCCCUGAUCUACAGUCUGAGAAAUAAAGAUGUCAAGGAAGCAGUCAGCAAGAUAAUGGACACUAAAGUCUUUUCUAAUUGA